ACACUUUAUUGUUUUAAUAAUAUGUAAUUUCCUAAUCACAUUAACGUUAUAUAGUUAUAUAAGGUGCGAAUUAAUGAAAGACAACGUCUUGUUUACACUUUCAGCGGGACGAAAGCUAAAUCUUAGCUAGCUAGCAUCGCUCAGGAAAUAAACAAAACAAAAUGAGCUCGUUAAAUGUCUAAAAUCUUAAGUUUGAAUUGUAAGUUUGAAUUGUAUUUCUUUAGCCACGCCGCCUGAAUGAGAUCAGAUCAUUCAUCAUGUUUCAUGGAAUACCUGCUUCUGGAGUGAUGGGAGGAGCUCCUGCCAACAAGCCAGAACUGUAUGAGGAAGUGAAAUUGUACAAAAAUGCCAGAGAAAGGGAAAAGUAUGACAACAUGGCAGAGUUGUUUGCUGUGGUCAAAACACUCCAGGCGCUGGAAAAAGCUUACAUUAAGGACUGCGUGACUCCAAACGAAUACACAGGAGCUUGCUCAAGAUUGCUUGUCCAGUACAAGGCUGCUUUCAAACAAGUCCAGGGAUCAGAUGUGGGCUCCAUCGAUGACUUUUGUCGGAAAUACAGGCUGGACUGUCCGCUGGCUAUGGAGAGGAUCAAAGAGGAUCGACCAAUCACCAUUAAGGAUGACAAGGGCAACCUGAAUCGCUGCAUUGCAGACAUUGUUUCUCUCUUUAUCACAGUGAUGGACAAACUUCGACUUGAGAUUCGUGCCAUGGAUGAGAUCCAGCCUGACCUGAGGGAGCUCAUGGAGACCAUGAACAGGAUGAGCAACAUGCCUCCAGAUUCAGAGGCCAAAGACAAAGUCAGCCUCUGGUUAACCACGCUAAGCAGCAUGUCUGCGUCUGAUGAGCUGGAUGACUCGCAGGUUCGCCAGAUGUUGUUUGACCUGGAGUCCGCCUACAACGCCUUUAAUCGUUUCUUGCACUCGUCUUAAAUGCUCCUUCCCUUUCUGAUCUUUUUCACCAGCUUUUUAUCAAACACAGUGUUAAAUUAACACUGCCAGUGUUUAUAUAAUCCGUAUGGAUUAUAUAAACACUGACAAUGUUAAUUUAACACAGGGGGUUUUGCUCUGAACCUUCGUUUCACUUUCCCUAUUUUGUCUCUGUCUCUUAAAUGUUAGAAUCUUUAGAUUUCAAUGUAAGAACCUCAUAUUCAGUUAGAGUACUGUUUACUAAGGCUUAUGUUGUUUACUAAUACAAUUAGGAUUAUGUUCACAGAUUUGUUCUCUUUCAAAAGCAGUAAUUUUUUUUUUUUUAAUAUAAAAAGUUUUUUUCUAUCACAUGGUCUGAAAGUGUUUUCUAGAAUGACCUGAUCAUUAGGUUGGCAAUAGUGAAUACAGGGAGGGCAGUAUAGGGAGUAUAUUAUAGGGAAAAUAUGCUGGCCUCUAUUAAUACAUGUGUUAAAUAACAUGAAUUGAUCUCAUAAUAUAUUAUAGAGCAAGGUUUGAUACUGAAUUCUCAGUACUGCAUUUUAUUUUAAAUGUAUAAUACCUUUUCUCCUUUCUCCAGCUAUUUUUUUUCCUCUCUCUCCAAUAUUUAAAUGAGAUUAUUUUAAUUGCACUCAUUCAUUUACAGUACUCUAACAUUUGUUGGUUGAUAAACUUGACUUUUAUAACUGACCUUAAUUAAGAACUUGGUGUACCCUUUCCUUGGCAUGGUGUUGGUUUAGUUCACUUCAUUAUGUAAUAAGUCAUAUUUAUUAAAUGACCAUUGUAAAUAAAAUAGUUUUGAAAUAAACCACAUAACUUUCAAAAACAA